CGAUCAUCAUCAUGUUUUCCACCACUUGGAUCGUCGCGUCUCUGGCACUUUGCGCCGCUGUCACCUGCGCUGUGAGCACCGAGGCUCCUGAGAAGCAAUCCGACGUCAAGGACGCCCCAGCUGGAGCUCACUAUGGCGGUGGCUACGACAACGGACCAUCCUACAACCAACCCCAAUACCCAGUCUACCAGUUCCCAAACUUUGACGUCAACUAUUGCUCUGUCCACGCUUCCUUCCCACUUGUCGGUCUUAGAAAGCACCAUCGCGGUCACCACAGAGGCGACCGCGUGAAGAGACAAGCCUACGGAACCCCAGCUCAAGAUUCCAACUACAACAACAACCAGCAAUACGAUGCUCCAGCCUACGGACCAUCCUUCAUCCAGAGACCACGCCCGUUCGAGCGUCAGGCUUGCAGAAACACCGCCAUCUACUCGCAGGAGUCGUGCCAGAACUGCUGCUCCAUCUCGUCCCGUGCCGCUGGAAGCUCAUCGAAAGUCGUCGGAAUUCUGAUGAUCUUCGACCCGAAGCUGUCCGCCGACAAGAAGCACCACAAGAAGGACGACGACUUAAACUCGCCAGACCGUGCUCUUCAAUGCGUGUGCUGCACCUCGAGAAGAGUGUAAUUCAACUAAUUCCACGUGGCCAACUAUUUUAUCGAUUUUUUUCUUUAAAAAUUGUUUUCUUCAGUCAAUCAAUAAAUAUAUAUCGUACUUUGAACCAAAAAAAAUAUUCAUUU